CCCCUCUAGUAAUCAAAACAAUAAACGCAUCAACGUUAUCAUCGUCCUCCUCCUUCUCUCUCGUUCAUCUUCUUCCUUUGCAUCUGCACUCUGUGAUCUCAUUCAAACCUCAAAUCCAAUGCUUCUUCAUAGCUCCGUUCCCUUCACACCAAAUUCGAAGACCAAUGGAACCCACUUCCAUUUCAGCAACUUCUCUUCCUUUAAGCCUCCAAAAUGCUCCCUUUCCGCGGUUUCAGAAUCACCCCAUUUCGAAUUGAGCACUCACAGCAACAAGAAGUCCUUCCCCGCAGAGGUUUCUAGAACCAUCAUGGAGCUUGCCACUGUGGGAACCCUCUCUGCUUUGACCAAUGAGGGUCAUGAGGGUUCUUCUUCCCCUUUGGCCAUUGGCGUCAGGUUCGCUGUUGACCCUCGUGAAGGCACCCCUUUCUUCUUUUCCUUUCUCUCCUCAAACCCCUUCUUCCCUCCAUGUUCAGUUAGCUUAGUUAGAGGACAUGUUAGUUGGAGGAAUUUGUAUUGAAGAGAUUGAUUUGAACUUUGUGUUCAUCAGUUGAACCAAUCUGGGUUGUGCACUCCUCAGUGUACACUUCAAGGCACCCUCACCAUAGGCCUUAUAAAUUGGUACAAUACAUUCCACCAAAUGCUUGCAUAUGUUUUUCCUCAAGGCCUCAUCACAAAUUGUCCAACUAGAUUCCAUCUUGUACCUCUCAUCAAAAGCUACAUUGAAAGCAUGCAAUCUCUUUCCCAAAUCUUGGCUACUCAAUGAGGAUGAAAGUAAAUCUUUUUGAACAAUAAUUGAUAGAAGCUUUCCGCAGCUAUUCCUCAAAUAAAGUGCUGCAUAAUAGUCCUUGUAUUGUUCAAGUGCUCCUAACCAAGUAUCUCCUAUCAUAUCCCCAAGCAUGGUACCCCUCAAAUUGUAGAAAUGGCAAUGAUUAUUUAUGAUGAAAAUGUAGGACAAUGUGAUAUCCUCAUAGGCCUUUGACCAAGAAUCAAGAUUAACUGCAACUUCCUUGAUUGUGUCAUAUAUUUGUGUGAAAACAAUACCCUCUUCAUAUGUUUCAUUUCUCCAACUAAGAUGAAUUUCUAGGACCUUUUUCAAAUGUGGUAGAUAUGUAUCAUUAAGCAGCUGAUUGCAGUAAUCAGUUACAAAGCUUACCAGCCUAGGGACACCGCUAUCUCGGGGAGGAGAACCUGGCCUUUCAAGCUUCACUUGCGCCGGUCGAUGGAAUGAA